ACUGAACUUCUACGUCCAAACCACCGGCGACUUCCACCCAUCACACCUCUAGCAAUUCUUCCUUCUUCCCAUCUACCCAUAUAUACACACAAACUCUGUUAUUCUUGGUUGUGAUAUGACCACGUAUGUUAUGAUGGGUGUGAGCUCCAGCAGAUGUUCCCAUACCUCCCACAUCACAGAGAUCAUUAUCACCAGCUUCUUCCGUCACAAGCUUUAAACCCCAGAGAUCUAUUGAAAGGUAAAAGAGGAAAAAUAUAUUGUGUUAAUGGCAGUUGAUUGAAACCCAUCUCUGUUCUCUAAGAGUUUUGCCGCUAUGGCGGGUCAGAGGUGGCUAUAUGGCGGUGGUUCCAAUAUGAAUAGUGUUUUCCUUCAAAAUCAAAGGGUUCCUUGUUCUUCUUCUCUGCCGCUUGAUUCUCUUUUGAUUCCUGGGUCUACCUCUUCUUUUUCUGGACCAAGAUCCAUGUUCAGUUUUAAAGAUGUUAAUGGAGGAAACAGAUCAAGGAGGUCAUGCUUUUGCCCAUUUGAUCCAGAUGACAAUGGAGAUGAGGACUUGGAUGAGUUCCUCCAUCACCCUGAAAAGAAGAGGCGGCUUACAGUCGACCAAGUCCAAUUUCUUGAGAAGAGUUUUGAGGUGGAGAACAAGCUUGAACCAGAGAGGAAAAUUCAACUUGCAAAGGAAAUUGGCUUGCAGCCUCGACAGGUUGCAGUAUGGUUUCAAAAUCGCAAGGCACGAUGGAAGACUAAACAUUUAGAGAAGGAAUAUGAGGCAUUGCAAGCUAACUUUAACAGCCUCAAGGCUGACUAUUAUUGCCUUCUCAAGGACAAGGAGAAACUAAAAGCUGAGGUUCUUCACCUCACAGACAGACUGCUUCUCAAAGAGAAAGUGCAGGAAAACUUGGAAUCAUCUGAUACCACAAAGCUAUCUGAAGCACCACCAAAAGAAUCCAUUGCCGAUUUGAUUUCUGAGGAUGACGUAUCUAAAGUCUCACUUGUGGCUUGCAAGCAGGAAGAUUACUCAGCAAAAAGUGAUGUGUUAGAUUCAGACAGCCCACAUUACAUUGAUGGGGGUCACUACCCUGUAUUUGAACUAGGUGAUUCGUCACACAUUUUUGCACCUGACCAGUCCGAUCAAUCUCAAGAGGAAGAAGAUAACUGGAACAAGAGGUUGUUGCCUCCUCCAGCAUAUGCGUUUCCAAUGAUUGAAGUGGCAUAUUCUGACUUGUCUGCAAAUUCUUGUUAUUUUGGAUUCGAAGUUGAACAUCAGGCCUCCAGUUUCUGGUCUUACUAAGUCAGUGCUGGUAUAUAUCUUUCCGUGCCUUUCGUGUCCUUGUUGAUUUAAGUAUGCUACAGUUGUAACUAUGUACAAGAAAUAAACCCAAUCUUAGCACUUCCAAUCAACUUGUGGUGGUGGUGUUGUAGUCGUGAUUGAAAAUGUUGGUUUUUUCCCUUUUGUAAUUUUGUCUUCAAUGUGGCUUUGUAUGUUAAUUGUACUCGUUUUGUAUAAUAUGUAACUUUAUCCUUAGAAAAGCUUAUGGGAAAUUCACAUGCGC